AUCACCCCCGGCACGUUUUUGUUCAGUCGGAAGCGUCGGGGCAGCCAUCUAUUUAUCCUGAGCAGAAAUAUUUGAAAAAAUAAAACGCAAUACUAUUAAAAUAAAGCAGAAUUAUUCAUCUCUUGAGACGUCACACCGUCUAAAUAGCCCGAGGCGCCUGGAAACUCGAGAACAGCAGAGAUGUCAGAGACCUAUGAUUUUCUGUUUAAGUUCCUGGUGAUCGGCAGUGCUGGCACGGGGAAGUCCUGCCUUCUUCAUCAGUUCAUUGAGAAUAAAUUCAAACAGGAUUCGAACCACACGAUUGGAGUGGAGUUUGGGUCCAAGGUGGUCAACGUGGGAGGGAAGACGGUGAAGCUGCAGAUCUGGGACACAGCUGGGCAGGAGCGUUUCAGGUCUGUGACUCGGAGUUACUAUCGAGGUGCGGCUGGAGCUCUCCUGGUCUAUGACAUCACAAGUCGCGAGACGUACAACGCCCUGACGAACUGGCUGACGGACGCGCGCACCCUGGCCAGCCCCAACAUUGUCAUCAUCCUGUGUGGAAACAAGAAGGACUUGGAUGCAGACCGCGAAGUCACCUUCCUGGAGGCAUCCCGCUUCGCACAGGAGAACGAGCUGAUGUUCCUGGAGACAAGCGCCCUGACAGGAGAGAACGUAGAGGAAGCCUUUCUGAAAUGUGCUCGGAACAUUCUGAACAAGAUCGAGUCAGGUGAGCUGGACCCUGAGCGGAUGGGUUCUGGGAUUCAGUAUGGAGACGCCUCCCUGCGGCAGCUCAGACAGCCUCGCGGUGUCGCAGCACAGAACCAGCAGCAGUGUAACUGCUAGGGGCCGGCUGGGACAUGCACCCCACACAGGGCCUGGGAAAAGUGCUGCCUCUCCACUGGUUUCAAAUCCCCCUCGACUCUGAGGGUGAAUCUCGACCCUUUCUGAAAAACAAACCGGUGCCCGAGAUGGUGAGCCUUGCCCGUGCCCUCCUUUCCACCUCCCCGGCCCUCCUGGCCUGCUCGCGAAGCCUAUGGGAACAAUCUUCCGCAGAGCCCAGGUUACCCAGCAGGGGGCAAUGCGCUGGUCACUGGUGUAUAAGGCAGGCCUGCUCUAUCUGAACCACUGGGCUGCUGCUGUCCACUGAGCUUUGAGUCCCGUACUUCCUAAUAGGGAGGCACAUAUUUAUAAAACUUUCACCCAUGCUUUAGUCAAAGACUUUUAUCCGAAAACGUCAACCACUCAAUGAGGUUAAACAAUAAGGUUAAGCAAAGUUUUAUCCAGUGCCUUCAUCGGUUUAAAUAAAAACCAGUGGGGCCCCGUAACUUAAACCACCCCGUUCUGGCUUCUUUUGACAGUAAGAGAUGACUUUUAAAGGUUUAAAAAGCCACUGACUAGGUUAAUCAGCAUUUACACACUCUUAUCAUUGUCCUUCUGGGUUCUUUAUCGGUGUCCUUCUGUGUUCUGUGUUCUUUAUCAUUGUCCUUCUGUGUUCUGUGUUCUUUAUCAUUGUCCUUCUGUGUUUUUUACUUGCUCUAUGCAGAUUUGUCCCUGUACAAAGUUGACGCUUCCUGGUACCUAGUCAUUUCCUGUGCUGUGGGUAACGGUCUGAAACCAUCUGGAACAUUAUAGUGAAACCGACUUAACAGAACAAAAAGUAGUUUGGUACCAGGAAACGGCAGACAUUUGUAUUCUGCGUUUUUGAAAUGGCAAGUUAAAGCAUAAAAAGGUAAAAGUAUUAUAAAAUAAGUCAAAUAGACAAAUUCUCUGACUUCGUUUCUUAGUGUAUUACAAAUUCUAAUUGAUGCGUUAUGGAUGAUAUUAAAAAAAAAAAAAAAAAGAAGUGGCUGUUUUACUAGUAAGAAGUAAAAAUAAGUGGCCCCCCCUUUGAA